AUGAACACCGCAUGGCUCAGCUGUGCCUUGGGUGCUCUGUUCUUGGCCUAUGCCAGGACGCAUCACACAGAGAAGCUCCAAAAGAGCCUCAGAGAGGGUGCUGCCCAGUGGGAGGCCGACCCGAGGAGGGCCGUGGUGGUCCCCAAUGCCCUGAAGGAUGAGUACGUGGGCCUGGUGAAGCAGUACUGGGAGAGGCGAGCCCUGGCCAGGAGGAGGAAGAGGAAUGUGGCAGAAAACAGCGAGAACAUUGCAGAAAUCUCAGGCUCUUUCCUGCACACUGCCACCUUCAACCAGCUGUUAGUGUUCAACCUAACGGCCCAGAUUCCCCCGGACAGCGAGGUGAGCCAGGCCACGAUCAAGCUCUUCCAGAAGCCUUCCCCCAAGGCAGCCCUCGGCCAGGUGCUGCAGCUCCACCCCGGUUCCUCCUUCUCCCACGCCCGUGUCACCGUCUACUGGCUGCACCUGCACGUGGAUGGGGCCAACCGCACUUCGCUGAUCGACUCCAGGCAAGUGGCCAUCGGCCAUUCUGGCUGGGUGACCUUUGACGUAACGGAGGCCGUGCACCACUGGCAGCAGCAGGGCCUUGCGGACGAGCCUCUGGUGCUGGAGAUCUCGGUCCACGGGGACAGCGCCAGCCACAUGUCCACUGACCUGACCGAAGUCAUCCGCUUUGCCUCCCAGGACCCGCUCGAUAAUCCGCUGCAGAAGCCCCAACUGGAGCUACAAACCCUGGACCUCCGCAGCUAUGGCACCUCUGAAGACUGCAACUCCGCAAAUGACUCCAACUCCACCCACUGCUGCCGUCAGAAGAAAUACAUCAACCUGGCCGAGAUGCACUGGGACGACCACUGGAUCCUGCACCCCCCCGGCUUUGAGGCCUCCGAGUGCGUCGGGGGCUGCCAACGCCUGCCAGGGUCCCUGCCCCGCCUCUCAUCCUGGCACUGCGUCCCCACCGAGACCUCUUCCGUGCCCGUCCUGUAUGUCAUCCAGGCGCCAGACAGCGAGGGCAUUCAGGUCGUCCUGGGCAAGCUACUCGACAUGAGAGUAGAGAAGUGCACCUGUCGGAGACGCUGACACGCCAUGUUCUCCGGCUGGGAGGGACGAGGACCCAGCUGCCCCCCAAACACUCAGCCUGCCCGAGAUCUAGGGGGAAUUUGGAAAAAGGGGUGUGUGCGCACAAAGUGUGAACUUUACAUGACAAU